AUGAUCCGCUCGACGCUUCUCUCAGCGUUGGCUGCUACCUCCCUGGUCUCAGCUCAAACAUUCACCGACUGUGACCCGACAAAGCAAGACUGCCCAGCAGCACCUGCCUUGGGAAGCAAGGGACUGAACUGUGACUUCACUCACGGCGCCUGUGAUGGCAUUCAAUUGGCUGACGGUACCAAUCUCACUUAUACCGCCGACAAGGGUGCUUUGUUCUCUAUCACAGAUCCCAGCCAGGCGCCCACCGUCGCUACCGAUGAUUACAUCUUCUUUGGUCGCAUCGAGGUAGUGGCCCAGGCUACACCUGGAAGGGGCGUCGUGACCUCCGUGGUCUUGCUCUCAGCGGACCUUGACGAGAUUGACUGGGAGUGGGUAGGUGGCGAUGCCACAAGGGUCCAGUCCAACUGCUUCAGCAAGGGAUCAAGCACUUUCAACUGCCAGGGCAUCUACCCGCUCUCUCUGCCCAUGGCUUCUUUCCAUUCAUAUGUUAUCGAGUGGACCUCGAAGAAGAUCGAUUGGAUCAUUGAUGACAAAGUGGUGAAGACCCUCAAGUACGAAGAUGCCAAUGGCGGCUCGGGAUUCCCUCAGACUCCUUCGCAAGUCAAGCUUGGUACUUGGGUUGCUGGAAAGGAGGGCAAUGGCCAGGGAACCAUCGAUUGGGCAGGCGGUCUUGCCGACUUCUCCCAAGCUCCCUUCAAUGCCUACUACAAAUCUCUGAAGAUUGUUGACUAUGCUGGCGGUGACUCUGCCACCACGGAGAACAUAAAGGAGUAUGUGUAUGGAGACAAGACCGGGAAGUGGCAGAGCAUCAAGGUCAACAAGGAGGACUCCAGCAGCGACUCCCCAUCGUCAACCACGACCUCUGCAGCAAGCCUCCCUACUUCGAGCCUCCCUACUUCGAGCUCGGUUCCGAACUUGCCAAGCACGACUGCAGACGCGGCUUUCACAACCACAACUACCGAUGCCAGCGCCCCGACUUCGCCUGCUAUUCCGGGCUUCCCUAGUGAUGACCACUCAUCACAUUGGACAUGGCCCAUGUGGCCUUCGUGGCGCAAGUGGUCAUACAAGCUUUUCCGUGGCAAGUUCACUGAUCGGUCUUACCACCGACGUAAGGGAUUCACCUGGAAAUGGACAUCCCACUAA